CUUUCUUAUUCAGUAGUGAUCGCGUUUCAAUAGCAAUAUGAGCAAAAAAACUUGUGCCUUAAUUUUCCUGUUCGUAAGUUUCCAUUAUACAUUUGGACAAGAUUUGUCUUGUGAAUAUGAACUCAAAAGUGGUGUUUAUUGCUGUAAUUUAGCAAUCAAAAAUCCAAAUGGAUUGGAUAAUUUUACUGAAAUUAGUGGAACGCAUGUGAUGUCAUACUUUGAUAGAAAUGUUGCUGAAGUUUCUGCAACAUCAGAAUCUCUCUCAAUCAACAUACCGGCAAAAAUUUGUGAAAAAUUCGUAAAUCUUAAGACAAUUACACUAUUUAACAUUGGACUUGAGAAAAUCGGUGAAAAUUCUUUCAAAAGCUGUAAAAACAUUGAAAAAAUUUCACUAAAUGGAAAUAAAAUUCAAGAAGUCAGUGAACUAGCAUUUAAUGAAACUUUAAAACUUGAUUCAUUGACAUUGGAUACAAAUCAACUGACAGUAAUCCCAGAAACAUUGUUUGCUAAUCAGUUAAAUUUGAAAUUCCUAUUCUUUGGUAACAAUAAAAUUUCAAACAUGCCCAACAAAAUAUUUGAGACACUUCAAAGUUUAACAUAUCUUGAUUGUAGCAAAAAUGAAAUCAGCAAUCUUCAAAUUGAUUGGUUUACUAAGCUUCCAAGUUUAGAAAGACUUUUGCUAAAUAACAAUAAAAUUAUGGAAUUGCCUGCAGGUGUCUUUGCAUCAUUAGAGUCUCUUGUCUAUUUAACACUUGCCAGCAAUAACAUAAGUGUAAUAGAAUCUAAAUCAUUUGGAACUUUGCCAAAAUUAAACAGUGUUGAGCUCCAACAAAAUAUGAUCAGUGCAAUCGAUGAGCAGUUUAUCAAUAACACAGGAAUUCAGUACCUUACAGUAAAUUUCAAUAUUUGUGUUAACAAAACUAUAAAUGAUGAAACUCCACAACGGGAUGAAAUAAAAAAUGAAUUGAAGAAUUGCUUUGAAAACUUUGAAAACUUAAGCAACACAAUUUCAAGUACAUCGACAACAUUGCAAACAGAUAUACCAACAAUUUCUUUGUCAAAUACAACAUCUGAUUCAACGCCAAGUAUUUCAACAGUUUCAUCAACAAUUCCUCCUACAAGUAAUAAUACGGUUCCGUCAACAAAUCCACCUACAGAUCCACUAUCCAGCCCUCAAACAGAACCGUCGACAAUCACUUCAACAGAACUGACGACAAUAACUUCAACAGAACCGUCGACCAUCACUUCAACAGAACCACCAACUACAACUUAUAAUGGCGCAACUGCAAUAAUUAUUGCGAAAUUUGUACUUAUUUUAGCAUUCAUUAUUAAUUUCAUGUUUACCUAAACAUUUUAUAUUAAUAUAAAGCAAAUGAGUCGAAAUAAAAUUAAUUUCUUUAAUUGCAUUUGAUAACAAUACAUUUCCAAAUAAAAAGGCAAUAAAUUAAUUUAUUAA